AUGGACAUCUGGGGCCGCGACGUGGGCUUUGCGCUGGCGCUCGUGGGUUUCACCAUAGGCGCGAUCAUCACGGCUGCAUGCAACGACGUCUUGACUUAUUGCGCUGCGUCGGUAUUUCUCUGGAUGGUCUAUGACAUGCUGUCGUACGUCAUGUUUGUGGUCAUUGCCGACCACUUCCCUUUGUCAACCCGCGGUGGUGUGUUCGGCCUGUAUCAAACGCCAUGGUUUAUUACAACUUGGAUCGGUGCGGCCGCCGCGACCGCUUACCUCGAAGGCGCCGGCUGGCAAUGGGUCUUUGGCACCUUUGCCAUUAUAUGUCCGAUCACUAGGAUACCACUGCUCGGCUUGCUCAACAAGAAUCGCAAGAGUAAGAGUAAAAAGCGGCAGAUUGCGCAAGAAGGGAGCAAACAAUGUUCGCCUUGGUAA